AUGCCGAUUGCCUUCCUGGGGCUGCUGAAUGAGAACGUCUCGUUGGCGGUUGUGGAGGGGGCUACGUACCUCUGCGUCUUCCUGCUCAUGUUGCACGUGCACUCGUCAGGCAAGCGUAACGCCACCAUGCUGGUUGCUGCAAUGCUUCAAGUGCUCAUCGUGGAACUGGUCUUCUACUACAGCGACCGAUGGCACGCGCAGGCGCUGGUGAUGCUGGUGUCCGAGCAUCUACCACUGUAUACGGUGCUUUUACAAGCGCAGCUCUAUUAUAUAGCAUUUGUGGCCACGACGCGACUACGGAUCGACCCAUUCUUCCAGCCAUUUGCGAUGGGAACGCUCAUGGUGAUGCUGGUGUUCCCUUUUGAGUUGCUGGGCACCAAGUUCCUUUGGUGGACGUGGCACGAUACGGAUCCGCUGCUCGCUGAACGCUUGAUGGGCGUACCAUGCCACGCGCUGUUUUAUAAUUACUUCUUCGCGUUUGCGUUCCUCUGUGUGCAUCAUAUUCUACACAGCACUUGGCUCGUGGGUGACUAUUACGAGGAGGAGCACUGGAAAUCCGAGUGGGGAUAUGUGCUACUCAUGCCGCUACUCACCACCAUUUUCGCCAUGGGCUUCCUGAUCUUGGGCUACUAUUCGACCGUUCGUCUCAUGGGGAUCGAAGCACAAGUGAUGUUCUUCAUGCUAAUUUCUUUGAGUUUCCUGCUCUCCUGGAUGGCUGACCGUGAAAGAGAUGACCCUGAAGUACAGAAAGUUCUGGAGCCUGUGGAUGCCUACGACAGCGACUGGCUGUACUCGUGCAUCGACCACGCCGUGAACCAGAUGACUUUCUUGCUCUACCUCGUCCUAGUCCUGCUGGCGCUGUUCAUUAAUCCGACGGAAAUCGUAUCGCUGGGCCACCAUCAGCCGCUUGGAAACUGCAUGGAGAACGAGCCGUUCUUUUCGCUCGUGGGCAUGCAGCACCGUCGCAAGAAGUAUUUGUGCGUUCACGACUUUGACGAGGAGUUUAACUUGUGCAACUACCCGGUGGCGCAGCUUCUGUAUGAAGACUCGUGGUACAUGAUCUGUGGACGCGGCUACGGAAACUUCUUCUCAACGUACUUGUCACUGAUCAUCGGUAGCUUCUUCGGUCUCAACUUGCUGCUGUACCAGGUGCUUAAGCGGCCUCAGCGGACUCGAGUCGUUUCCUUCCGGCGUCAAUGA